AUGAGAUUGGCUGAACUACCCAAGGCAUUCGGUUUACGAGAGCUAAAGAAAGGGUACUUCCCUCAUUUCUUUAACACUAAAGAAAAUGCCUACUAUGUUGGAUCCUAUCCUGCAGCUCAUUUUUACGGAAGUGACAUGAUGAAUGCUAAAGAACGCAAAGACUUUCUAAUCUGGCAUCAGGAAAAACUGGAGAAAAACAUGAUCUUUGACUUUGAUCGAGAAAUUUUAGAUUACUGCCGUAGUGAUGUGGACAUACUCAGACAAGCUUGUUUGAAAUUCAGAGAAAUUCUUAUGAAAAUCACAGGAAAAGAAGAAGUGGUAUUUGAGGAUGAAAUGCCAGAGAAAAAAUUAAUGGGAGGCGUGGAUCCUUUUCAAUGCACGACCAUUGCUGGGGUUUGCAUGGAAGUGUUUAAAAGCAAAUUUCUUCAAGAAGAAUGGCGUGUCAAAGUUAGAGGCAAUGAUGGAAUAAGUGAUUGGCUACAGGCCCGCCGACUGCAAGGGGACUUUUCCAUUUUAUUCAAGGAACAUUGGGUUACGGGUGAAGAGUUACAGAAUCAAGAAUACGUAAUAGAAGAAUCUGAAUUUGUUAGUUCACCUAUUUCACAAAUCCCUUCCACGGGUUAUGCCCCUUUUCUCGGACAAUAUAGUUGCGUAUCGAUACAGUGGCUCUCAUGGAUACAAGAAGAUCAUUUCAAAAAGACAGGGCACCGCCUCUACAUACAGCAUGCCUUAAAUGAGGGUGAAUUUCAACUGCCGGGUACCAAUUACUUAUUAGAUGGAUACUGUCCUGAAACCAACACUGCAUACGAAUUUCACGGGUGUUACUGGCACGGAUGUCCCAUAUGUUUUCCUACUCAGCGUCAGCAGCUUAAACAUAUAAGAACCAAACACUCCAUGAACGAGUUACUGACCAUGACCUUAAAAAAGAGAGACUACAUUCAGUCUCUGGGUAUGAAAUAUGUCUACAUUUGGGAGCAUGAUUUUGAAAACUUACUGAAGCAGAACCAAGGCGCAUCUGAUUAUGUUCAUUCCCUAAACCUGCAAGAAAGGUUAGACCCUCGAAAAUCUUUUUUUGGAGGAAGAACAAAUGCUGUUAAAAUGUACUACCAGGUCAAGGAAGGUGAAAAAAUCCACUAUCUUGAUUUUUGUUCUCUUUACCCCUCGGUCAACAAGUAUGGCAGAUAUCCCGUAAAAGAACCAAAAAUCAUUACAAGCAAUUUUACGGAAAUUACAGACUAUUUUGGGUUGGCCAAAGUCAAAAUUUUACCUCCUAGACAAUUGUAUCACCCCGUGUUGCCUCAAAAAAUUAACGGAAAAUUAACUUUUGCACUGUGUCGUACCUGCUCGGAGCAACAACAACAAAAUCCAUGUCAGUGCAGAGACGAAGACCGGGCAAUUACAGGAGUAUUUUGUACACCAGAAAUUGAAAAAGCCAUAGAAUGCGGUUACCAAAUUCUACAGAUAUACGAGGUCUAUCAUUGGGAUGAAACUUCACAGUACAAUGCAGAGACGGAAAGCAAUGGUCUGUUUGGCGAAUAUAUCAACCUAUUUUUAAAGAUCAAACAAGAAGCCAGCGGCUGGCCUGAGUGGGUGCAUACCGAGGAAGACGCAGUGAAGUACAUGGAAGAAUACGCUCUUCGAGAAGGUAUUCAACUCGAACGAGAGAACAUUACCAAAAACCCUGCUCUGAGAUCGAUUGCUAAACUACUGCUGAAUUCGUUUUGGGGAAAGUUUGGCCAACGACUCAACAUGCAGCAGACGACAUUUUUUCACGAAAGAGAGGCUGACAAAUUUUUUCAGCUAUUAUCGGAUCCUUCCAAAGAAGUCUCGAGUUUUCACAUUGUCAGUAAAGAAAUUAUUCAAGUUUCGUGGCAGCAAAAAGAAAAUUUUACUAAAGAAGAUUACCAAACAAACGUAUUUAUUGCUACUUUUACAACUUGCUGGGCCCGCCUUAAACUGUAUGAAGUGUUACAGAUGCUGGAUAGAAGAGUCUUAUAUUUCGAUACGGAUUCAGUCAUUUUCGUCAGCAGACCUGGAGAUCAGGAACCAAAAGUCGGGUCAUUUCUUGGUCAACUUACCAGUGAGUUACAACCCAAAGAAUACAUUACAGAAUUUGUUUCGGGAGGACCUAAAAAUUACGCCUACAGGACUUUAGAAGGAAAAGAAGCCGGAUCAGGGUCAACAUUCCGAUUCAACAGGUUCAUGUACAACGAUUGUUAA